UUGAACUUGAAUACACAACGAUGGGAAAGAUUGUACUCUUGUUAAUGUUUGCAGCCUGCUUGGCACUGGUACUUGCACAAGACGAAGGCGGCAAUGGUUCGCGUCCACGAAGACGAGGACGACCUGGUCGAGGUCCACCACCUUGUGGUGACAGAUCAGGUGGUGACGGACCUGGUGGUGACGGACCUGGUGGUGACCGACCGGAUGGUGACAGACCUGGUGGUGAACGACCGGGUGGUGACAGACCUGAUGGUGACCGACCGGGUGGUGACCGACCGGAUGGUGAAAGACCGGAUGGUGAUAGACCUGGUGGUGACGGACCUGAUGGUGACCGACCGGGUGGUGACCGACCGGAUGGUGAUAGACCUGGUGGCGACAGACCUGAUGGUCAGCGACCUGAUGGAGAUGGAGGAAACUAAUGAAUAACAUCAAUAACAAUUUUGAAGUUUCCAGUCAAGAAAUAUUUAAAAACAUGAUAAAUGAUAAAUAAUAAAUUACUCUAUUGGAAUU